AUGGGAGCUUAUUUAUCAUCACCAAAAACAAAUAAAGAAUCUUGUGAUGGGGGGAAUUUAGAAGUAGACCCAAGUAGAUUUGGGUUAUCAUGUAUGCAAGGUUGGAGAAAAAAUAUGGAAGAUAGUCAUAUUUGUUAUAAUAAUUUAAAAUUGAAAGAAAUAGAAGAAGAUAUUUCUAUAUAUGGGGUAUUUGAUGGGCAUGGUGGGCCAAAUGUAUCAAAAUGGAUCUCAUAUAAUUUUCGUAGAAUCUUUUUAAAAUGUAUAAAAGAAGCAAAUGAAGAAUUAAUAAAACAAAAUUUGGAUAAAUCAAUAAAUUUUAAACUUAAACUUAUUAAACUAACUCUUGAAAAAACCUUUUUAAAACUUGAUGAGGAAAUGUUAUUAACAGAAAAUCAAGAAAAAUUAAAAAAAUACAGUGUUCCUACUCAAGAAAAUGAAGAAGAGUCAGAUACAAGAGAAAAUUAUAUAUAUUCUAUUUUGAAUGAUAUAAUGUCAAAAAAUAUUAGUAUUAAAGCUAUAGAAAGAGAUGGAAAGAGAUGCUUACAAGUUGUUUAUAAUAAGGAUGGAAAUCCUGUAGGAGAAGAAGGGAGUGCAGAUCCAUCUUCUUUAUCAAUUAGUGAAGAAAACUGUGUUUCUGAAGAUAAUAAUAAAUCAUCUCCAUUAUUUGAUAGUGUCGAUCAAGAGUUAACAGAUGAAAAAUAUGAUUCAGUAGUUAAUAAAGAAGAUGAAGAGGAAAAUAAAAGUAAUGAAAAUAAUGAUAUGAUUAAAAAAGAUGAUGUAAACUCCGAUUCUAUAAAUACAAAUGAUAAUAAUGGAAGAGUGAAAGAAGAAAAAGAAGAAAAAAAAAUAAAUAUUGAUAUAGAAGAAAAUAAAGAUUCUAAAAAAGAAAAUAAAAAUCUAGAAGAAAAUAAUGAUUAUGUAGAAAAUAAUAAAAUAAAUGGAGAAAGUACAGAUAAAGAAAUAAAAUUAUCCAAUAAUGUAAAGGUAGAAGAAAGUAUGGAUAAUAAUAAAGGAAUGUCAAAUUUAAAUGAAGAACAAAAUGUAAUGUUACCAACAAUAAUAAAUGAAGAAAAUAAAAUUAAAACAAUAGAUGAUAAUAAAGAAAACUCCGAUUGUAUGGAUAAUGAGGAAACUAAUGCAAUAAAUACAAAAAGAUUAAAAAAGGAUAUAACUAAUUGUUUGAAUAAUGAAAAAGAUAUUAAAGAGGAAGAAAAAUUAAAAAAUAAAGAAAAUGACAAAGUAGAACUAGGAAAAUCAGAAUUGACUUAUGAUAAUUUGAAAUGUAUGGAGGAAUCUUCAGAAGGAAAAAGUUAUCUCAAUGAAAGUAACAAUAAUAACGACACACAUGGAAAUAUAAAUUACGAAGAAAAUUCAACAAGGUUAUAUGAAAGAAGUAGUAGUAGCAGUGAAGAAGGAAUCUAUGAUGAAGCAGUAACAAAUGUGAUUGAUAAUAAUAUAAGUAGCAGUAGUGAAAAUAACAAUGAAGGAGAAGAUUGUAAUGGAAUAUAUUCCUCUGAAGAGUUACGCUUAUUUGAAAAUUAUUAUUCAAAUGAUUAUGAAGAUAAUAUAGCUUAUAGUUGUGGAUCAACUGCCUUAGUAGCAGUUAUAUUAAAAGGAUACUUAAUUGUAGCUAAUGCAGGAGAUUCAAGAGCUAUAGUUUGCUUCAAUGGAAAUUCUUUAGGUAUGUCUACUGAUCACAAACCCCAUUUGCAAUCAGAAGAAGCUAGAAUUAAAAAGGCUGGUGGUUAUAUAGCUAAUGGAAGAGUAGAUGGAAACCUAAAUUUAACCAGAGCUAUUGGGGAUUUACAUUAUAAAAGAGAUCCGUUUUUACCUCAGAAAGAUCAAAAAAUUUCAGCAUUUCCUGAAAUUACAUGUGUUACUUUAACACCUGAAGAUGAAUUUUUAUUUCUUGCAUGUGAUGGAAUUUGGGAUUGCAAAGAGGGACACGAUAUUGUUGGUUUUGUUAAAACAAGACUAGAAAAAUUUGAAGAAAUUACUGAUGAUAAUACUGUUUGUAAUGGGGUUAAUAAUGAAAAUAAUAAUAAUAGUUGUAAUGAAAAUGAAAAUGUGAAAGAUAUUGAAAAUAAGUUAAAUAAGGAUGAAAAUUCCAAUAGUCAAGAAAGUGAACAAAAUGAUGAAAUUCAUAUUAAAAAUAUAGAUAACAAUGUUACAUAUAAGGAUGAUAAUAAUGAUACAUUAUAUCAAGACGAAAAUAAAAUUAACACAUCUCAGGAAGAAAACAAGGAUGAAAAUGAAGUAAAAGAAAAUAAUGAAGAUAAACACAAUUCUCCACAAGUUAUAGAAAGAAAAAAAUUCGAAAAAUUCAACAAAUUAUCACAAAUAUGUGAAGAAUUAUGUGAUGAAUGCUUAUCUAAUAAUUAUAAAGAAAAUGAUGGUAUUGGUUGUGAUAACAUGACUUGUUUAUUAGUCCAGUAUAAUCCACUUUAUAAAAUGCAGACAGAAAAGAAAUUUUUAAAUAUUGAUGAAAUUGAUUAA